AUGAAUCCAAACAACAGACGAGAGAAACUAUCACUUACCACCCCACUUCGCUCUCCUGGGGAAAUGGCAAGCAAAUCGGCAAGGAAAACGAAAAACAAGACCCCCUUGAUGCAGAUCUCGGCCCUGUCCUCGCCGAGCAAGUGCACCGAAGAUGGCGCCGGGGAAGGACACUCUCCUAUCUCUGAAUCAGACCGCAGCGAGUCAAGUAGGAGUGAUCUGACCUCGAUCUCACUGACCACAGCGGUCCCAGCUGUGGACAACACCCUCCACAAGCUGCUGGAUGACCUAAAGUCCUUCAUCAGGUCAGACUUCCAAAAAUUGGCAGCUGAAAUUAG